AUGUCUUCAAAUCUAUCAACAGGCCGCGAUACUUUAUUCGCACGUACCGGAGAGAAAGUGACCGACGAGUCUCUCUUUCAAGCUCCAGAUUCCGUCCCACACGUAUCGGCCUUUCGUGGGCCGCCUGAACAGACGGAGCAACCUCAGAACGAACCCGCUAUUAAUAAAAAAGGGCCAGAAGAGCCGACAGACGCGACUCUUCUCUCCAUCGGCGAUUCUCUAAACACACUCCGAAAAACAGCACACAGUGCCUUCAAGAAGUCACAUAAAGCAGUCAAGAGAUCUCAUAAGGCAGUAAAGAAAUCAGCGUAUACUCUCGGUCCCUCGCGAAGGAACAGUACUCGAGAGCCGGCAUGGGUUAGAGCCGAAGACGGUUUGACGUUUGUCCAUCAUAACGACGCUGACAUCCUCCGCCUGGUGCUUAAGAUCGCAAAUGAGGACUACAGCGGCGGACAGUUGUACUUCAGAAAGAUUCACGUCGGUGAUUAUGGAGAGUUUAUCAACUGGCAGGCGCUCACGCAAAAUAUCACAGUCGAACAUCGAACCCGUGGGUGUCAAGAUCAAGCCACGACGUUGAAGGACGCAGCGAGGAAAGUCAAGAGCUAUCUUGACUUCAAAGAACCUAGCGAAAGUGAUGCUCGAUUCCGACGUCUAUACGAGAUUUUGCAGAAUGAUACACGUUACGCAGGAGCUCUCCUCCUUUUUAAAGAAGGCACCGGCAAGGACUUCUACCCAUGGAAAGUUCGAGUGCAACAUGAGAGACUUGGAUUUACAAAGGUAUCUAAUGCGCUGGCUGAAGCCAUUCAUGCGAUGGAGGAACAUCUCGAGUACGAGGAGGCGACGCCGGAGACGCAAGAGGGCUUGAUCUGGGAACGAAUUUUCCAAGCUCUUGAGAAGUACCCAAGGUGUCAGGUCUUCUUCAAGGCUUUGACCGAAAAUGGACCAGAUGGCGAACCAGAGAAGAUCUGGAUUAUGAAAGUCGAUCACCCUGUUAAAGGGAUCCAAUUUGAAGCAAAGAGCCGUAUCUUCCAGGAGGCCGCCGGGCAAGUGUAUGACUACCUUUUAGAGAAUUCGAAAAGCAACGCAAUGAAUGCGAAGGCAUGA